AUGAAAAGAAUGAAGACUUGUUUUGAGGUUAUUGUGAAGUAUAGAUGUAAGAUUGUGGUGUUAGUUAUUACUCGACAACAGAUGAUUAUGAAAACUAAAAAUAAAUUGAAGAAGAAGCAGUUGAGCGCAUUAGAAGUACCGAAUAAAACAUGGAGAUAUAUUUGUUAUGUGCAAUUUACUCAUUGGGUUAAUUCAUGGACUUCAUUGGGAAAAGGAGUAAGAGUUGUCAUUCCUGCAUGUGUUAUAAACAAAAUAAGAAAUAAGUACCCUGAAAAAGAUGGAUUGUAUGUUGGUUUCAAAAAAUCA